ACACCUCAUCUGCUGUAAACAAAGGUCCUUCGACUCCACAAUGUGCCAUUCGGGAGCGACUUGCUGGUUCUAGUGUGCCGCCUUGAGACCUGCGGUGUCUGACUAAUAUGUGACUGCGACGUGCAGCUUUACAACCUCCAUGCACCAACUGCACCAGUGAAGGAGGAUGGCUCAUCCCGCUCCUUCCCCCAUUUACUGCCUGAGAGGGGCCGGGGCCCCCCUCAACACCCUCCACUUUUGCUGCCGCGGAACAGACACUCCACUUCUUUUUUCUGGGUCUGCAAAGGGAAUGAUCCACAUGUGGAACCUGAAUAGCAGGAGACCUGAGAAAUCGUUCGAGGCUCAUGGGGGUAGUUCGAUACUCUGGGUCAGGACGCUGCAGUCCAAGGAUGCUCUCAUCAGCCAGGGGCGGGACAUGCAGGUGUGUAUGUGGGACCUGAGAGGGGGCUGCGGCGAGCUGGUGGAUUCUGUGUUCACGGGGAGUUUUGGAUUCUGUCAGUGCUCCUUGAUCGAGACGGAUCAGACGAAAAGCCUGCUGGCCUUUGCCACGCAGCAGUCAGAGGAGAUAAAGAUCGUUGAGAUUCCCAGUAAGACCACUGUCUGCACUCUGGUUCCGGAGGCCAAACUGGGAAUGGUGAUGUGCUUAAAACUGUGGCAGCCAGACUCGGGUCCCGGACCUCUCCUGUUGGCUGGAUACGAGGAUGGUUCCCUGUUGCUGUGGGACGUAACCCAGAGGUCCAAGCUGAGCCAAGUCAAAGCCCACCCUGAGCCCGUCAUGUGUCUGACCUUCGACCCCCAGCGGCUGAGGGGCAUAUCAGGCUCCGCCGAAACAAAACUCUCCUCCUGGAUUCUGGACAGCCAGAACAACAUACAGCUUCAGGAGUGCGUGAAACUGGUCAAUCCCGGAGUUUCUCAGCUCUGCAUCAGGGCCGAUGGCAAGCUUCUGGCGUCAGCCGGCUGGGACCACCGAGUGCGGAUAUUUGGUUGGAAGAAGCUGCGGCCGCUGGCGGUGCUUCAGUACCACUCUGACAUGGUGCUCAGUGUGGCUUUCUCAGACCAUCUGGACCCCCGACAGCGACUCCUAGCCGCCGGAUCCAAGGACCAGCGGAUCAGCUUGUGGUCCAUAUACAACGAGGGAGCCGCCACGGGCUGAGUCCCUGUAAUGGAGGGAUGCACAGACUGUUGGUCUGAACUUCUGUCAUCAGCACUGAUGUAAUGCUGCCUUACCUCCUGUCUGGGCCUCUUUGGGCCGCCUUCACAGUUGAGGCGCAAUAAACCCUUGGCUCAUUUUUCAGAGAGCUAAACAUAUUUGUAAAAUGCACCAUCUAUUUUGUGGGGGGAAAAGCGCUACGAUGAAUUAUUUUCUUCUUAUUUCAUGUCAUAUGACGACAUUUAAACUAUUUUUUAUUUUUCAUACCAAAGCCAAACUUGUGCAUGAAGAGAUACAUUCUAUGGAUUUUUUUUGAACUGUUGUUGACAUUCAACAUUAAAAGCUCUUUUUUUUCUAACCAUUA